CCCGCGGCCGCCCUCGGGGCAUGGCUGCCGGGCAGCGCUGUGCGUCAUGUGGGGCCCGCCCCUUGCGCGGCUCGGCAAGUUCUGCCGCCUUGGCCGCCGCCGUGGAAGCAGGAUUUCCGCGGUUGUGUAAUCGCACCUCCCGGGCGCGGAGAGGCCUGGGCUCCGCAUCCGUCCUCCGACCGGCCCCUGGUGUCCGGCGGCCGAGCCAUGGCCUGGACGGCGGAGGCGGCGGCGAGGAGCUGCGGGGCUCGCGGCGCGCUCACGGCGCACACGCUCCUGUUCGACCUGCCGCCAACGCUGCUGGGCGAGCUCUGCGCGGUGCUGGACAGCUGCGACGGCGCGCUGGGCUGGCGCGGCCUCGCGGAGCGACUUUCAAACAGCUGGUUGGAUGUUCGUCACAUUGAAAAAUAUGUAGACCAAGGUAAAAGUGGAACAAGAGAAUUACUUUGGUCCUGGGCACAGAAAAACAAGACCAUCGGAGACCUUUUAGAGAUUCUCCAGGAGAUGGGGCAUCAUCGAGCUAUCCAUUUGAUUGUGAACCAUGGAGCAGCCUUGAAUCCUUCAGAACAGAGGCAUCAGGGAGAUGGAUUUCCAAACAUGUUACCCAAGGAAACAGCCCAUGUCACAGUGAAUAAUGUUCUUAUUCCUGAAAGUAAUGAAAAAGGAAUAUUGUUUAAAUCCUCCAUCAGCUUUCAAGACAUCAGUGAUGGAACCAAAAAUUUCCACAAAGACUUCCUCAUUGGAGAAGGGGAGAUUUUUGAGGUCUACAGAGCAGAGAUCCAAAACCAAACCUAUGCCAUUAAAUUAUUUAAACAGGAGAAAAAAAUGCAGUGUAAGAAACAAUGGAAGAGGUUUUUAUCUGAGCUUGAAGUUUUACUACUGUUUCAUCAUCCGAAUAUACUGGAGUUGGCUGCCUAUUUUACAGAGAGUGAGAAGUUCUGCCUGGUUUAUCCAUAUAUGAGAAAUGGAUCCCUUUUUGACAGAUUACAGUGUGUAGGUAACACGGCCCCACUCCCUUGGCACAUUCGGAUCAGUGUUUUAAUCGGAACCUCCAAAGCCAUUCAGUACUUGCACAACACGGAGCCGUGCUUGGUCAUCUGUGGCAGUGUAUCAAGUGCAAACAUACUUCUGGAUGAUCAAUUCCAACCGAAACUAACUGAUUUUGGCAUGGCACACUUCCGAUCCCACCUGGAACAUCAGAGCUCGACCAUAAGCAUGACCAGCAGCAGCAGUAAACAUCUGUGGUAUAUGCCUGAAGAGUACAUCAGGCAGGGCAAACUUUCCAUUAAGACGGACGUCUACAGCUUUGGAAUUGUAAUAAUGGAAGUUCUGACAGGUUGUAAAGUGGUGUUAGAUGAUCCAAAGCAUAUCCAGCUGAGGGACCUCCUUAUGGAAUUGAUGGAGAAGAGAGGCCUCGAUUCAUGUCUUUCAUUUCUAGAUAAGAAAGUGCAUCCCUGUCCUCGGAAUUUCUCUGCCAAGCUCUUCUCUUUGGCAGGCCAGUGUGCUAUCUCGCGGGCAAAGUUAAGACCAUCAAUGGAUGAAGUGCUAACCACUCUUGAAAGUGCUCAGGCUGGCUUGUAUUUUGCCGAGGACCCUCCCACCUCCCUGAAGUCCUUCAGGUGUCCCUCUCCUCUGUUCUUGGAGAACGUACCGAGUAUCCCAGUGGAAGAUGAUGAAAACCAGAAUAAUCAUUCAUUGCCUCAUGAUAAAGGUUUGAGAAAAGAUGGAGUGACUCAGAGAGUUCCAUUUGAAUGUAGCCAGUCUGAGGUGACGUUUCUGGGCUUUGACAGAACGACAGGCAGCAAAAGAAAUGAGGAUGCUUGCAACAGGCCCAGUUCUUCUUGUCCAGAAAGUUGGUCUCCUGAGCACGCAGCAGCUCUAUCCCAGGACCCAAAGACCUAUGUUACAGAUAUGGAACCUUCGGCCGAAGCAGCAGGCCAUUCGUACAGGAGCAGGCCCGUGGAGACCAGCAGUUCCUGUGAAUUUUCCCACAACGAAUGUGAACCAUGCAAAAAGGAAUCGAUUUCACCAGAAGAUAAAGAAGGAAGCAAGUAUUGCUAAGGCACCUGAGUACAGGUGCCAUCUUGGGAAAAUAUUGUCACCAUAAGUCAUGCUAAGAGGACCAUCAAUGCUGAGUUUAGGUGAUGGAGAUCAACAAUCUGGACAAUGCUAUUCCUUUCUUCCCAAUCCCUAGGCUUAAACCUAGGCUAAAUUAGAGCCAUUCAAAAUUACUUCAGAUCAUGAGCUCUGACUUCAGACGAACAAAACCUACCAAAAGGGGACUGGGUUCUACCGGCUGCUUCAUCAUCAGCGCUAUGAGCCCUCGGAUCCUACAGUCUAAGUGGGUUCAGUUCAGUUAGAUCCCAUUGUCUGGUGUAGCUUGCUUGAUAAGGUUGUAGGAAGUGUCUAAUUUGUAAAUGUUAACAGAUGCCUUUUUAAAGAAUUACCUUUUGGUUUGUUCUAAUUAACUCUUAGUAUGUUUUCUGUUCAUCCCUGUCAAGCCUGCCUGCCUGAAAAUGAGCCAGAUUCGCUCUUGCCUAUGACAUGUUUGCCCGUAGAAUGGGGAUUCUUGCCCAAGAUCUGGAUUUCUGUAUUUAAAUUUUUAGGAUAGUUUAUCACAUAUGAUAUGUUGUUGGCUAUUACUACAUUUUUUUUAUUUUAUUUUUUAUAAGGCUAUUACUACAUUUUUUAAAAACAAACUUAGAGACCUAUUAUAUCCUGAGAAGAAUGUAUGAAAUUUUACUCAAGUAAUUUUUGUUUCUGAGAAAAAUGGCUGGUCACAAGGUCUGCGUCAGCUUUUUGUUUGAUCCUCUACCUGCCAACUCUGUGCCUUUUCUCCUCCCGUUUAUUGGGUCUCCCCCUAUUGAAAUCCUACCCAGUCCAUCAAGGCCCAGCAGAACUGCCUCCUCCAGGAAGCUUCGCUGAUCUCUCCAGCCAGAAGUACACACACUUCAUCAGCAUUCCCAUAGCAUGGUUUUGUGUUUCUAUUUUAUACUUGUUACUUUCUGAAUUGUAACAAAGCUGCCUGUGCCACCUUCUCUCUCUUACUAGAUUGUAAACUACCUGUACUCAUGUCCUAUUGUUGCUAUAAUAAAUUUUGACAAAUUUAGUGGGUUAAAACAAUGUAA